ACUCAUCUCUGUCCCUUCUGAGUUCCUUCACAAUGUCUCUGACACCCACAUCUUUGCUCGCACUCUCUCUCCUCCUCCUCCUUGUUCUUCCUUCAACAGCCACCUCAUCUCUCCACAACCUUCUCCAAAGCCAAGGCCUCCCCGGCGGCCUCUUCCCCAACACCGUCAAGUCCUACAAUCUUGACCCGACGGGCCGCCUCGAGGUCCAUCUGGACUCUUCUUGCAUGGCCAAGUUCGAGAACCGUGUCUACUUCGACAACACAGUCAGAGCCAAUCUCAGCUUUGGUGUGCUUAAUGGCUUGGAGGGUCUGAUCCAAGAGGAGCUGUUUCUGUGGUUACCAGUCAAAGGGAUCUCUGUUAUUGAUCCAUCUUCUGGUUUGAUUCUGUUUGAUAUUGGUGUUGCCCAUAAGCAGCUUUCUCUUUCUCUCUUUGAAGUCCCUCCUCUUUGUAACCCUCAAGGGGCUUCAGUGAAGGAGGAUGUGGUGAUGAGCAAUGUAUUUGUGGCGCAAAGAUGAGAGAACUUCAGUCUAUUUUGUUUUUGUGUGGUUGUUUUUGCAUUAAAUAGAAACUUAAUGUUUAUAGAAGCUUAUAGGGUUGUAAAAAGUAAGAAGAUUUGGAAUCAAAUGAUAGAACUUUGGAAUUCUGUUCUUUAUGUUGGUUGUGGUAGUUGCUUGCGAUACUAGCUCUCAUCUAUUAUGUGUGGUUUUUGCUUCAUAUACUUAAGGUCUUCAGUGCAAGCAUGAAACUUGGAACUUUGGAACUUGGAUUUCCUGUUAGUAUUUGGGUUCGAGUCUACCGACUUGGAAAGGAGGAUGGGAGAAGAGACUGGAUUUCUGAUCUUUUCAGUGACAGAUAGUUUUGAACUUCUUAAUUUUGUGGUGUGUUUUCCUUGUAGUGAUGGAAAAAUAAGGGUUGAUGUUCAAUGUUCAUAGAAGCUGUUGGGUUGUAUGAAAGGAAUACUGAGUAUGAUACUUGGAAUCAAAUGAAAUAGUCUUGGAGUUCAUUCCCUU